CUUAAUGUACAAUGGAUAUAGAGAUAUUUUCUAAAGUUAACGAUGUAAGAAACUGGAAACUAUGCGUGUUUUAUUGUGUAUAAUUCAUUCUCUAGUACUUUGGAAUAACUAAUUAAUCAAACAAUGGAAUCCACAACAAGUUUGGAUUAUUUAAUUGAAACUGAAGACUUUUUGGGCAAAUUCGCCUCAGCUUUAGAGAAAGAUGAAGUCGCUGUCAGGAAACAGAUAUUCGAAAUUUUGGCGGCAUUGUGUGUAUAUUCCCAAGAUGGUUAUACACGUGCUUUAGGCGUGCUAGAACAUUACAAGAAUACGAAGAAAAAGAAGUAUCGAUUUAGUUUGGUGGUUGAUGAUCUAAGGGCAACAGAUAAUGUGCAUUACAAGAUCAUUUUACUAGAAUUUAUAAACUGCUUGAUCAUCUACACUUCCAAAGCAGAAGACAGAAUUCGUAUAAGAAAUGAAUUUUAUGGACUGAAGCUUCAAGAAAUACUGAACUCUUUAAAGAGUGAAGAAGAACAGCACAUUGUUCUCCAGCUUCAGGUAUUUGAAGAUCACAAGGCAAACGAUGAAGAACAUUUUCCGGGACUAAAGGGACUUGAUUUAAACUCACCUUUAGAUCUCUUUAAUGCUAUCUUUAAGCAGGUGAGUGAGACGCCGCUGGAACUGUACUUUGUGACAUGUCUCCAACACUUAUUGAAGAUUGAUAACACCGAAGCUCUUGCCGAUAAAAUAUGGCAGACAAUUGAACAACUAAUCAGUAAAUGUGCCUUAAUCGAAUCUCCGGAGGAAGCUCAAAAACUAUUAGUGACAUCUACAAGAAAGUUAGACAAACAGGGAGAUGUUCGUUGUUGUUGUUCCUGUCACAAAGAUGGGGGCGACAGAGGAAAUAUGGGACCAACGGUUCGGAGUGGCACGACUGAUGAAAUGCCAAAAGCAGCACCUAACCCACCACCACCACCUCCUCCGCCCCCACCACCAUCGUGUGGUGCUCCCCCUCCUCCACCACUCCCUCCUAUGGCUGGAGGUGGACCCCCACCUCCUCCUCCUCCACCAGGAGCACCUGCCGCCCCAGGCUUGCCGAAUACUAAAUCAGCGUUACCACAACAAAACACACCUAAACCCAAAUCAAAAAUGCGAAGCUUACAGUGGCAGAAAAUUCCCAUUGUGAAAGUUUUGGGUAAAUCCAACCUUUGGACAAUGGUUGGGAAAUUAUUUAACGGUUAUAAGGUUGACUAUCAUAAAAUGGAUGAUUUAUUCAGUGUUAACCCCAACCCACAGACACAGUCAGAAAGUGGGACACCGGGAACAGAGAGAAAAAAGAAAGAAAACCUAGAGGUGACGUUAAUUGAUGGUAGAAGAAGUUUAAAUGUAAACAUAUUUCUUAAACAAUUCCGAAUGCCAAACGAUGAAAUUGUACGUCUACUUCAGGAAGGGAACAGUAAUAAAUUUGGCGCUGAAAAAUUACGCGGAUUGCAAAAAUUGUUACCAACACAUGAUGAGAUUGACAUAAUAAAGUCGUUUGAAGGCGACAAAGAAAAACUUGGAGAAGCAGAGAAAUUCUUCGUCUGUUUAAUGGCUUUACCAAACUAUAACUUAAGAAUAGAAGGCAUGUUAAUAAAAGAAGAAUUUAAUGAUAAUAUGGAAUGGAUUCGGCCAUCUAUAGAAUCGGUAAUACAGGCAGCAAAAGAUAUUAAAGAUAACCCGUCUCUUCGUGAACUUAUAUACUUAGUUUUAAUAGCCGGCAAUUAUCUCAACUCAGGAAACUACGCUGGAAAUGCCGCUGGCUUUAGAUUGUCGUCACUUGUAAAAUUAACAGAGAUUCGAGCCAACAAACCACGCAUGAACUUGAUGCAUUACGUUGUCAUGGAAGCUGAAGAGAAAAACCAACAUCUUUUAACUUUCCCAGAAGAAAUGAAAGCUUUGAAAGAUGCUUCAAUGACGUCAUUGGAUAGUUUAUCAUCUGAUAUUCUUAGCUUAGCUAAUAAAGUCUCGGCUGUCAGCGAUCACAUAAACAGGCUGAAUGACAACUUUAGAGAACAAAUGAGUUCAUUUCUAAAGGAAGCCAAUUACGAAAUGUUGGAGUUAAAAGAAGAUUUGAAAGAUAUUGAUAUUUUACGAAUUGAAUUAGCCGAAUUUUUCUGUGAAGAUCCUAAUACAUUUAAAUUGGAGGAAUGCUUUAAGACGUUAAACAUCUUCUGUGAAAGAUUCAAGAAGGCGAUAGAGGAAAACAGAUCGAGAAAGAUAGACGAAGAAAAGGCUAAAGCUAGACUCAAACAAAAAGAACUGGAACAAAGCAAACGAUCACGUGAUGUGAAAGAACCAGAAGAACAGGCCAUGGAAAGAUCUGUUGAUGUUGAUGAAGAUGGUUAUAUUGUGGAUAUGUUAUUAGCUGAUGUACGCAGUGGUUUUGCAACACGACAACGUGGCAAUACCUCAUUUUCUGUUACCAAAAUUAAAAAGGUCAGCUUAGGUGGUCCUCUAAAUAUUGGGUCAAUUCAGUCUGGAGUUGGAGAAGUAAAGUCAAAAGGAGACACGUCUGUUUCUGAGACGGACCCAAGCUUUGUUCGAAACAGCGUGGGCCGCGUGAGUAUGAGGCGACGUCGAUCCCAGAACCAACCACUUCAAGAUUCCCCAACGCCAUUGGACAGUACCGAUACGGAAAGUACUUGCAGUAGUUUGGAGGAAACAUCUGGUUCGGAUGCAGUAAACACAAAACGCUCUCGUAGAAGUUAUGCGACAUCGGAUGACGAAUCUCUGAUAGAUUUCUUAAUGCAGUCGGGCGAAGAACCGGACAAAAUUCCAUUUGAUAAAAACGGAAGCAUGCGUCGAAGACGAAAGGAACGUCUGGAACGGCGGGGUUUAUUAGAGGUGUUCGGAUCUGGAAGAGAAAGGGCACCUUCGCCAGCAUUAACAGACGUCAGUGAUAAAUCGCAAUCGACGCCCGGAAGUCCGCUUAAAGUGUCAGACACAUCCAAAUCAGACAUUGUAGACGGUAAUAAAACCAAUAGUCCGUUACGUAGAACACGCAGUAUGGUGGACAGAAUGAGUGUGGACCGAGCAUUAUCCAGAAGUAAAGAUACGCCUCCUUCUAGACGAAGUGUCGAUGAUUCUGGUCAUGAAGAAUUCUUGUCUCGAAUAAAACAAAAACUUCAUAGUAAAAAUGACUCCAAUGUUGACUCUUCUAGAAACUCGCCUGUGAUAAUGGAACCCGAUAAUAGCGAAAAGAAACCCAUCGAAACAUCGCCCGAGGUUCGAUCCCGUAAUCGCUGGAGAAGCGGUAUCCAAAAUUGUGUUCUAAACGAGUCACCGAGAGCUCUAGAGACAAUCUCAGAAAAGGAUAAAUUCGAACUAAAGGAAGAUGACAAUAACAAUAACAAACUGUCAUCGGCUUUAGAACGCAGUAAAGAACAAUAUUCAAAUAGAUACCGAAAGACUUUAGAUUCUGCAGAAUUAAGUAAAAUGAUGCAAGAUAUAGACGUGCGCCAAGAACCUAAUGCAGUAAAUGUUUCUAUAUCAGAAAAACUCAACCGUGCUUAUAAUCUCAAAGAGGAACUUCAAAAGGUAGAAAUGGGAGAAAAGGCCCUUGGUUCGGUUUCAAACACCAUCAACCAACCCAAUAGUCGACCCGAAACGCCUUCUGAUAUCACUGAGGAAAACUUGAAGAAAAAACGAGAGAGGAGGAAAAUGCGUUCACAACUUUCAAUUGAAGAAGUUCAUGCAGCACUAAAACCUGGCGAAUCACCCCCCAAACCAACACCCAAAUCACCACAAGCUCCGCCAAGGAAAUUUCGGUCCAAUAGUGAUUCUACAAAAGCCGAUGUUUCGACAGGAAAUAAAACUUCUGCAGAUGAGAAAUCAGUUUUAAGUAAAGCGGCUAAGCUGGCUGGAAAGAAAAAGUUCCGUCAGGAUCGUUUUGGUGAUAAAGAUAAAACUGGUAGUGAUACUUCAGUUGAUAGAUGUAAGAGUGAUGUAGAGAAGGAUCUUGUCGACGAGGCGCUUAAGAACAUGGCAUCUCAGGGAAAUAUGAGUCGAUCCAAAUCCUACGACGAAGCCGUGUCAAGAUUGGCCGGUAGUGACAACUGUGAAUUAACUUUGCGUAAUAGUGGUAGCACACCCGAUACAUAUGCUGAAAAACAAGCUAUACGACGGGGUAGUACAAAUCGUUUGUCGUCGUCUGAUAGUCGUCGACAUGGUGUUGUGAUUCAAAGUGAUGACAGUGAUAAUGACACUAAAUCGAACUCUAGCAGCACGUUACACGGAAGUAGUAUUGGCAGUCCGAAAUCUCAACAUAGACUAUCCAUCAAAUCAACGAAUACUUCCACUGAGACCUUACAAGCUCAUCAUAGUGAAGGUGAAAAUUCACCCGAACAACGAAGAAAAAAUUCACCUAUUAACAUAAUUACAGAAGGUGGUCAUCGAAAUCCCGAAAAUAUAAAAUAUGAACAAUUUUCACCAAAAUCCGAAUGGGUCAAUCCUGCUGAGGAUUUAGAUGACCCAUAUAAUUCAUUAAAUAGAUGGAAACUAAACCGACGAAGUCUUAGAGGUAACGAUGCUGGCCACAGACACAAUUCUAUUCGCAACGAAUUCAGCCACUCGCUUAGUCCUCGAACCGAUAUCAACGACAUGAAAAAUGAAAGUGGCUCACGGAGUAGUUAUGCCAGCAGCCAGGCAAGUUGUGAUGAAGGAUUUGAGAGUAUGUCCGGCACAUCCGGUACUGGAUCUCAACGAGCUUCUAUGGCCAGUACUUUGGACUCUAAUGAUAAUGUUCCUAGCAGUUACUACCGAAGCAACACUUUUCAUCCCUUCCCUACAGAAAUAGUAGAAGAAGAUAAAAAACAGCGAACAGAAUCUUGGACGGCGUCUACCAUACAGGCAACGCAAGGUCGUCCUACUUCGCUAGACUCAUCUGUCGAAUAUCCUGUCUCAGCUCCUGGUAUCAUUCACGAAAGCGUCUCGGAGGAUGUCUGGUCAAGUAAUAUGAACGAUACUGUCAAACUGAGUUCACCCCCUGAAGAGGGUAUCGAACAACCAAAGUCUCCCAAGAAACCAACAACAACCGAGUCUCCAAAGACACCAAAGACUGUUAAAACAGCAAGUUACAUGAGAGGUACGACUAGUAGUAGUACCCGACGAAAUAUUAGUGACACUAAAUUAAGUAAUUCCAAUGUGCGUGCAUCUAUGAGAGUAGCAAAUACUCUCCGGCGAUCGGCCGCUCCAUCCACUAAUCUGAGCAAUUCAAAAACAGUUACGGGUUCAAACAAUAGUUUAACUGCCAGCAAUGCAUCCGAUCUCAGUACAUCCACAGCUCAAUCGAAAGCUUCAACAGUUCGUCGAAAGCUUGCCCCAUCUAACAGGCCUACAACGCCAUCAAACCGCCCUACUGCGCCUGCCGACCGACCAAUCACGCCGUCAUCGCGAACGUCAACAUCGUCAUCCCGCCUUCUACCAUCUACGCCCACUGGCAGAAGACCUACAACACCCUCGACUACAAGUCGAUCUACUCCAACAAGCACACCAUUCUCACGCACACAAUCAAUGAGGGUGACAUCAUCCACAAGGAAAUCAGUCUCCUCACCCGUCGAAACGACAAGAAGUCGAACACCUGGAUUUAUGGAACCAACUGCAUCUUUCAGGGCAGCUCGCAAAGAGCUUCCGCAGACACCAGAUAGCACACCUAGAAGAUCUCCGGCUGCAACUGGUUUUAAACCGGCUGGUAACUCAACCCCAUCUCCACUUACCCGACAUGGUAGUAUGAGACGAUCUUCCAAGGGUCCAACUUCAACUAUUGAAGAACAGGGAAGAAUGACACCGACCAAACGAUUUGCAUCGAAAGAGACACACAAGCAUUUACCAACAGUGACCGAAACAAAGAAACGGGACGGAACGAAACAUGUUGCGUCAACAGAAACGAAGCGAAAGCUCGUUAAGUGAAGUACUAACUAACAUCAUGUUUGUAAUGUGAAAUCCAAACUAAAAAAGACACCAGGAGAUAUCUGUAUUAUACUGCACAGUGAACUUCUCCUCGAUCUCAAGCUGUAACGUCUCAAACUAGAAGGCUUCUGAUAAUGUCACGUUGGUGCUCCAAACGUCUUUAAUCUAGACACAAAGCGUCUUCUACCAUUAUGGUAAGAUUUACAAACCUCGCCAGUUAUCAUUGUGGCUAGGGGUGUGCUUAUCGAUUUAUGUAGCGCUUACAAACCCCGGAUGACCCCACUGUGUCAGAGAACAACUUGAAAAGUAAUAAUGCAUCGUGCGUUGUUGUCUUAUUUUAUUAGUAAAUUGUUCAUGGUUCGAUAAAAGAGGGGCGCUGAAAAGAACAAUAGUAUCUCGUGCAGAAGACAAAGCAUAAAACUAAGAUGUUCUCGAAAUUUGUGAUAAACGGGCACAAAUAUAGCCCCAUAUCAUAGAUUGAACUGGUGUUAUAAUGGGCAUAAACAUCACGUCUAAAACUGAUCUUAGUGUAAUAAUUUAAAUUUUAAAAGAUAAUAAAUCGAAGACUGAACUGUUGUGAUCUAUUGAAAAUGAACCAAAAUAUCACUCCUGAAGCACCUUCGUGCCUUAAAUUCGACCUUAAAAGGUAAUCAAAGAUGAAUAACCGGUGCUAGAAUAGCUUUAUGUUAUAUUUACAUAUUAUUGUAGUAAAAAUAUUUACAUAUUAUUGUAGUAAAAUUAACGUCCAAUGUUCAAUUAGUAAUUCAUGUAUGGCUUUAGUUAGUUUAUACAUUGAUGUUUAUAUAAAUAUGUAUAGACAAAUUAGUUGAUAGUUAAUAUUGUGUAAUAAAAUUCAGAACAGGGUGUCGAUAUUAUUGUACAGCCAUUUUGGUGUAAAAUUUGAUAUGUCUACAAUAUGCAAACGGACACUUUUUAUAUUAGUGCACGUAUGUUCUUAUAGUAAAUUUAAUAAUGCCUUUUAUGUAUUGGUGAAUAUUUUAACAUAAAAUGUAGAAGUGGAUAUUUAUUUUUUUUAUAAUUUAAUAUUAAAUGCUUAAAAAAAUACAGGUUAGUUUUUUGUAAAUAUGAAAUCACCGAAAAUAAAAAUUGUACAUAAUAUAAUCUAUCCUCAUUUAAUAUUGUAUACAAUUAUAACUUCGUCCAUCUUUACAUUGAAAAAUGAAAUUGGUCUUUUAAAAUAUUUAUUAUAGGAAUAGUGUGUGUUUAUAGAAAUAUAUCAAGACAUGUAUGAAUACAUCAAUUGGUGUAAAAUCGUAACGCUUCCAUCAUCGAAAAGUCUUCAAAUAAAAACAUUUUGGUUUUAAUAAAUUUUACCUGAUCUAUCAUUAUUGUAGUCUUGAUAGAUAACAAUCGAAUAUAACUUAUAUUGUAAUAUAUGUAUUUUGUAAAUAUAUUUACGUACAUUUGUAUAUUUUGUCUGUAAUAAAUUUUUACAAAUAUUAUUAAAAUUAGA